AUGCCGGAUAAGCAACCCGAGGGCAUCGAGGCCCAGAGUGCCUUUGCCUCAACUCUCAUCAACGACAUUGAAAAGACAGCACCGGAAGGAUCAUGCCGGAAAAUAGCCUUGCCAAUCAAACCUCAACCAGGCACAAACGCUGUUUAUGCCUCCAAAUCAGCACUACUGAGCCAAGCUCUUCAGGAUCUGGGUAUGGGACGGUACCAGUGGUUUCUGGUUAUUGUUACCAGUGUUGGCUGGUUUCUCAGUAGCUUCUGGCUCAUGUCCUUCAAGCUAAUCGCGCCACCCGCCGCCAAUGAGGCCAAGUUCUUCUUCUCUUCCUCUGGUGACCGCGAAGCCUUCCUAUCCAUCAGCCUUUUUGUCGGGCUCACCGCUGGCGCAGCCUCGUGGCCAUGGAUGUCUGACCAGCUUGGUCGCAAGUGGAUCUUUACCAGUACCUUGGUGCUCAUGGGGAUGGGCGGUCUCGUCGGUGCGGGCAUGCCGUCGUUUACGGGGUUAUGUGUAGUCGGCUUCGUUAUGGGAUUCGCUGUUGCUGGUAACGUGUUAAUUGAUGCUAUUAUUCUCAUUGAGUGGGUACCGGCGUCGCAUCAGUUUGUGGUGUGCUUGCAGGGGUUGUUUUGGGGGUUAGGGGAAUUAGUGGCUGCAGCAGUAGGAUGGCCAUUUAUCAGCGAACACACCUGUGGUACCGGUCCCGACGAACUAAGCACAGAGCAAGCCAUUGCCCACCAAUCUCGAGCGGUGCACUCUUCAUCCUCUGGCAGCUGCCACUACGUAAGCAACAAAGGCUGGCGCUACAUCUGGUGGACCUUCGGCUGUAUCACCUUUUUCCUCUAUCUCUGUCGCUUCUGCUUCCCUCUCCGCGAAACACCGAAGUAUCUCCUCUCGCGGCGUCGUGAUGCUGAGGCAACACAGCUAGUCAAGGAUAUGGCGUUGUAUAAUCGCCACACCACGUGGCUCUCCGAGGCAUCAUUUGCGCGAAUUGACUCGACUGUUGAUGCUCAACGAUCUCCGCGAUCUGGCAUUCGUGCGCUCCUAAUUUUAACAGGGGGGAGUCUGCGCGCCGGAAUCCUUGCUCUCCUUUGGUGCGUCACCGGACUGACCUUCGUCCUCCACCCGAACUAUCUCCGCUUGCACCUCUCCAGCAAGGGCGUUUCAGCCGUGACGGCCACAACCGUAUCCACAAGCUUCCUGUAUAGCCGGUAUCUAUAUGUCUCGCUAUGCACGAUACCCGGCCCUAUUCUCGCGGCAGUUCUGGUGAAAACAAAAUACGGCGGCAGGAAACGGACCGGUGCCCUUAUCGCCCUUAUAACAGGCAUAUUGAUGCUUGUUGCACCAGUAUCGCGCUCUAGAGGUGCCGCGCUCGCGUUUAGCUGCCUUCUUUCGUGCACACAGCAUGCUGGGCUAGCCGUUUUAAUCACAUACUCAGUUGAGGUCUUUGCCGCGCCGGUUCGAGGCUUUGGGCUGGGCGUUAUGGGGUUUUCCGGGGCACUUUUUGGUCUACUUGGGAUGAUUAUCACCACGUUCGACACUGCAGUAGCAAAUGGAGCGGCUGUAUGGUUUAGUGGGGCUGUAUGGAUUGUCAUGGCGGGACUGUGGUUUGUUUUGCAGGAGAGAGAAGUGGCAGCGUGAUAGUGUACGAAGUACAUUGAUCAGUCCGUGUCGUGCGAUACAGUCCAGAAAAAGGCACCACGAUCAUAAGCCAGAGUAUGUACUUGAUUGCUUAAAGCUAUCUAGAGAACGACAACAGUUGGAUAUUUACUGGGCCG